GCCCGAUGACAAUGGCGAUGUACGCGUUACGAUGGUUACGGUCCCAGAAGGCAAUCGCACUUCGCUUUCACGGCCCGAUCGUAGCCUGGACUUCACACCUCCUGGAGUCGACCUCUCCAACAUGCGAACUCUACCUGCGUACAUUGAAAUGCAGUCACGAUCACUGAGCUCGUCCUUUGGCAGCGGGCAAGCGCAGGAUGCCACAGCAAUCGACCUGCCAAGACGGGAGAGUCAGUUUUCACGUAUGACGGUAGUUUCUGAACUGAUUCACGGCAUCCAUGAUGAGCAACAUCAGGGCUUUGCCAGCAGUGCAUCGUCAUCCAUUCUCUCUCGCCUUGCACGGACCGGCGGGGCAGACAGCAAGAGCGCAUCGAGCAAGACAAAGCGAGAGUCGUCCGGAAUUUCCAUUCUCGCUCCGAAGAAGAAGGGACGAACUGCCGGCAGGGUGGCAGAUGGUGGCUUUGAAGGACCGUUUGACGAGGCAUUCUGGGAGAAGGUAGAGGAGAAGAAAUCGUUGGAAGGUUUGAUCAAGAAAAUUGCCAUCCGCGAAGCCAGACUUGAUCGCAUCAUCGAGCAGAGUGGGUCAGCAGAGGCUGCAGUCACAGCUAUUCUGGACAAGUCUAACUCUCAAGGAGAGGCGCGGCAGCUAUUAGACGGGCUGAUUGUCCGCGGCAUUGAUCUCGGUUGUCGCGACGAUCCGUAUCUGCACAUUGCCGCGGAGAAGAAUUACGUCUACGUAGCGCGAACGUUGAUGGAUAACGAGGCAGCGAUCGAUGCGGCCAGUGAGAAAGGACAGCUACCUGUGAUCAUUGCACUUCAAGCUGGCCAUGAUGAGAUGGCGUCUGUUAUCUUGCGCCGAAUGAACAAGAAAAGCGUCCGAGAGCUGUUUGAUGCACAGAAAGACGACCACUCGUUCCGUUUUCAAAACCUUGUGUCAUCAGGGGAUAUGCCGCUGACGUGUCGGGCUAUUCUGGAUGCCUGCGUCCAGCCGACUGACGAGCCAGACGAGUACCGUUUCCAUUAUCGUAUUCUGGAGAGCGAUGCAAACGGCUACUCACCCAACGAUGCAGGGUUUAACGUGAACGGUAAAACCGCCUUUCACCGAGUUCUGGAGUGCCGAGACAAAGAGAUGCAGCUGCACACCGUUGUGCGCAUGUUGAUCUACAACAAGUGGGUGGAGUAUGGAGAGAGAAUGGCCAUCCUGAACCUGUCGCUCUACUGUCUGUUCAUGCUUUGCGUGACGUUUUCACUGAUCUCCGCUGGCACACAAGCUGACCCGCGUGUCUACGACAGUGCACUGGACUACGCCAGAGGUGUGCUGGAAGUGAUCAGUCUGAUCGGGGUCAUGUUCAAUCUGUACGAUGAGAUCAAGGAAUUACACAGGGAGAAAAUGGCUUACUUGACAGAUGGCUAUAACUAUCCCCAGGUCAUCUCUAUGCUACUCUUGGUUGCCAUCAUUCCACUGCGUUGGACUGAUCAAGAUGCACAAUGGCACGUGGCAUGCUUCGCAUAUAUCUUCCUUUGCCUGCGUAUUCUCAUGCUGAUAUCCGUCACAAGAAUGGUUGGUAUAUACCUACAGAUACUGACACGUAUUCUCUACAAGGACAUAUCACGUUUUGUGAUCAUAUUCGGGAUCUUCCUCUUGACAUAUUCUGGCUCUUUGUUCCUGGCAUUGCGUGCCGAACCCAUCAUGGAGAGGAACUCCACGUCAGACCCGAAGGAAACCACUGAGCUGAGUCUCGGACACUUCACAUCGAAUUACGGUUUCAUUCUUGUGAGUGGACUGCGAACGAUGAUUCAGCAGGAAAACAAUGUGGACUACAUCAAUGACGACGAGCCGAGUGAAUCAUUCAGCUGGUUGGGUAUAGUCAUCAACAUGCUGUUCCUGUUCUUCGUGCUGGUAGUGCUGUUGAACAUCUUGAUCGCUCAGCUUAGUGAUACGUAUGCUGAUGUGAAAGCUGAUGCACAGCGUGAACUUGAGCAAAACUGGGCGGCGUCGCUCAGGAUUCUUGAACAGGGAACGUCACCAUUGAAGAGAUACCGUUUUAGGAACUAUGAUGACUACGAAGAUGUUGUCCACCCUGGACAUCGAUUAAUCGGCUGGGAAGAACCUAAGGAUGCCGUCGAAGAUCAAGAGGAGAAACGCCGCAAGCUGCAGAUGGAAGCGGAUAUCGAGAAGCAGAGUCGGCAGAUAAUGGCGUUAAAGGCGCAAAUGCGAGCCACCCUUGAGCUGCUACACGAGAAUAGAAAGGUGCCGCCCAAGCUUCACCACAACAUUGCCCAUCUCGGUACCGUGCAGGUACCAGAAACCGUGAACAACAUCGUCAUGAAAACAGAGGCCGUUCUUCGGGAUGACGUGAUGGAAACACGUAAACAGCAGAACACAAUCUUCAACGAUCUGUCACAGGCGGCACGCGAACACACGGACACGCUGAAGAAGGCGGUUGACGACCAGAACCGAGACACGCAAACGCUGAUGACGACUUCGUUCCAGACAACCUCAACAGAGCUGGACCAUCUGAAGCAGACGGUCGGUGUUAAGCUACCCGACACCAUACAAUCAGUAACAGCAGCCGCGCACACCGAAACCAUUGCAGCGCUCAGUGCCAAGCUGAACGAAACCAAUGGUCAACUUCAGGCACUGGAGCAGUACAUUCAAACCAACCUGCGAGAGAGCAUCGACACAGCCAUUAAAAUCUCGGUGCGCUCGGUCAUCGGCGAUGUCACAGCCGCAGAGACGAUGGUACGCGAACAAGAGAACGAACACAAUCGUGAGCUGGGAGAAGCUCUCCACCUCAGCCAGCAGAACAUCACUGAUACUCUGUGCAAGACCGUCAAGGAGAACUGUAAUUGCCUGCAGGUAGACUUGACUCAGCAACUUGAACGGGGCAUGACAGCACGUCACCAGGCCCUGGAGCAGCAGCUGAGCGGACAAGUCGACAAGAUAAUUGCCGAAGUAAACCGCCUUAUCGGCGGAUCAUUCUAGACUCGCAUAACGUCAAAAUGGACAAUGCCUUACUUGCUGUCUUGAGAUUUUCCUGAGAGUCCUCACACUGCUUUUGAUGAGCUCCAGACUUGAUUCUCUUUUCGUUUCCUCAUCAACGGAUCAUUCAACGGAUCAUUCUCGAUGUUCAUAAUUGCACAUGAAUACUACUCUAGAGGACAUGGAAAUUCGGUCGACUGACCGGGGCCAGCGUCC